AUGAAGCGUGGAUGCAUGCCCAAGUUCACUCGAUGGUUUGAGCAUUGCGUCACUGUUGAAUUCCCUGAGAAGUGGGUUGGAAAUAAAAUCCGCAACAGUGACAUCUUCAUCGAAUACCAGGCGUGGUUGCCAGCGGCUGCGCGUGGCCAAGAUAGCGCGACGAAGGUCGGCAAUAAGCUCAAGGACUUCUUCAAGAAGGAAAAGGGCCACAGGAUCCCAAUGGAAGAGGACCACCUGAGGCAAGGUAGGGACGAGAAGGGCGUCUAUUGGGAAAUUGACCGCGACGGGUGCUUCGAGUGGCUGAAGAACAAUGGGUACACGGGGGAGACGGAGCUCGCGCCGGCGGUCGUCUGGUGUUCAUACUAA